CAUGCCCUGAGCAUUACUGCUGUCCUGAUGCUAGUAUGUCUUUGGCUGGGAAUGCCACUCGGGUAUCUGCUUGAGCUGAUUUUGCCUCUGGCUGUAUGUGCCAUCGGUGUGUCCUACCUGCUGUCUAUGUAUACUUUGAAGUCUCUUCAAAGUAUUUGUCAAUGCAGUUACAUUGUAUUUGUAGGAAAUCCUCUGUAUGACUUCUUCAUGGAGCUCAACCCUCGGAUUGGAGAUUUCGAUUUGAAAUAUUUCUGUUAACUAAGACCUGGAUUAAUAGGCUGGGUGGUAAUAAACCUGGGCAUGUUAAUGAAAGAAUUAGAGCUGAGAGACUCUCCAUCUCUUGCCAUGAUGCUUGUCAAUGGCUUCCAGCUCCUCUAUGUGGCAGAUGCUCUGUGGAAUGAAGAGGCUGUGCUUACUACUAUGGACAUUGUGCAUGAUGGAUUUGGGUUCAUGUUGGCGUUUGGCGACCUGGCCUGGGUUCCCUUCACGUAUGGUCUUCAGGCCAUGUUUCUGGUUGUGCACCCACAGUCACUUAGUGCUCUUGGAGCAGCAGGGAUUAUUCUUCUAAUUGUAGACCUGUAAACUAUUGUCACUGCAACAGGGAAGCGUCUCUUGGUUUCAGGGUGGUGGGGGUUUGUCAGGCAUCCAAACUACUUGGUGGACCUUCUCAUGGCUCUGGCAUGGUCCCUGUCUUGUGGUAAGUGA